AUGCCAGGGGCCCUCCCAGGGGCGGCAACGCCCCCAGCAUCCCUCUCAGGGGCCGCAGCGCCUCCAAGGACCCUCCCAGGUGCAGUUGAGCCCCCAGGGGCGGUGGCACACCCAAGGGCCCUUCUAGGGGCGGUAGUGCCUCCAGGUGCCCUCCCAGGGAUGCCCCCUAACAGGAGUCCUAUAGCUUGCUUUGUAUUGGUGUCGUACAUAUUGCAUACUUCCAGCAAUCCCUUACCAAACUGUGAUUGGGACUUCCCAGGGGCAGUGGCAUGCCCAGAGGCCCUCCUUAGGAGCAGCAGCCCACCAGGGACCAUCUCUCAAGUGGUGACGCCCUUAAGGGCCCUCCCACGGGCGGCGGGCCCCUAA